GGGGACAAGUCUGGACAUGAAUAUUUCAUUUGCUGCUUCCGGCAUUCCCUCGUACUGUUUGUCCUUUCGCGGCCGCCGUAUGUAGUUGAUGACAACAAACAUGGCGUCCUCAAUGUCACUUCUCGGACUGGGACGCUUGUAUGUGAUCAAUGCGGCUUCUAAAAUGCUCCUGACUCCCCUCAGGUCUACUAGCACGUCAACACAGAGGCUGGCAGAGAGAGCAGGACAAGACACGCAGCUUAUUACAGUUGAUGAGAAAUUGGACAUCAGCCCUGUGACCGGAGUGCCGGAGGAGCAUGUCAAAACACGCAAAGUUCACAUCUUUGUGCCCGCCAGAACAGCCAUGCAGUCUGGAGUCAACACCACCAAGAAGUGGAAGAUGGACUUUGACACCAGAGAGCGUUGGGAGAAUCCACUCAUGGGCUGGGCCUCAACUGCUGAUCCGUUAUCCAACAUGGUGCUCAGUUUCUCCUCCAAAGAAGACGCCGUUGCCUUUGCAGAGAAAAACGGUUGGAGCUACGACAUCACGGAGAAACGGACCUCCAAGCCUCGCGUCAAAUCCUAUGGAGCCAACUUCUCCUGGGAUAAGAGGACCCGAAGGUCUGCUAAGUAAACUCAAGACUCAUCCAUUAGUCGCCGUGACCUUCCAUUGUCCCGCAGCGGACCUGUACAAUUCCUGUCAAUAAAUGCUUAAUCACACGUUUAAACCAAAACCUUGCAGUCAUUAUCGCUUUCAUUUUUCAAACACGCACCUCAUUACCGACUUCCUCAUGUUGUGGACUUGAUUCAUGAAGUGAACAAAGAAGGACGCAUGAUUACAGUCAGAACCUGUUUAAACGCUGUGAUGAAUACUGUAUGUGUUGGCCAAAGCUAGAGGUGUUUUCCUGGGCUACAGUUUGUUUCCAUCAGCUGUCUUUGAUGAUGGUUAGCGCGUGCAUGCUGAGGGUAUCGUGUUAUUUACAAGUUUAUUUUCCAUAAGUGGCCUCUUGCCUUUUCAAAUAUAUCUUUGCAUGACAAAGUAACCCAUUUAAUACACGACCAAUGAAAUCCUUGUACUGUAUAUAUUUAACACAUUAAACCCCCCUACAAUGCAAUCUACUUAUUGUCAGAUUGGCCCGUGGCACAGUGUACAAAUACGCACAAUGUAAAAAUUUAAACCUGAAAUUUUUAAUUUGGAGUAUAGACCAUGUCUAGUGUAAUGUCCACACGGAAUCUGACACUUUUGUAAAUUUAUUCUGACCUGAACACAUCAACAGGAGUGCAAUUCCAAUACUAUCUCCAACUCCUAAACGCGUCUCUAGCUGCUUUCCCUUCCGAGACACUUCCAGAAAAUACACUCAAAACAUGUGAAUACACCAUAAAUGAUGUGGUGUUUUGAACGCAACCCUUCAUUGCAACACAGUUCCAGUGUGAUUCAAAUACUAAGAUGGAAACGGCUAGAAAAACACACACCUGUCUUGGAAAAAAAUGAGUAGUUUUACUUUAUUUGAAGUUUUAUUACAGUGGUUAAUGUUACUAUAACAAACUGACCUAGCAGUUUGUUUCAUGUUCCAAUAUAUAUGUACUAAAUAUAUAUUAGCCAUGUAUUUGGUUGUCUUUUUGCUAAAGAAGUGAAAGUGUUCCCAUAUUUGCAGAAGUGGUCAAUCCGCCAAUGUAUAAAACGAGGUCUCACAAUCUGUGACGGAUCUCGCUGCCAGGGCUUGUUUGUGGUCUUUGUGUUCAGUAAACAGUAGUGUUACUCUGCGCUUGGUCCCACUCUGCGUGACUGCACUGACGUUCACAUACCAGCCGUGGGCGCCUAAUUGGUAUAGGCCUUCGUUAAUUAACGCACUGCAUUGCAAAUCUUUCACAGCCUUGUGCUCACUAUUUAUUUUGUUCUCUCGCCGGGUGCAUCAAAGGCGCCGAUCUGAUAUGAGUGUAAUGGCCCGAUGGGGUCAGCGGGCCGUGAAUGACAGCAUGUGUUGCAUUUAGCCUUUGAAAUGCACUCGGCGAUAAGCUGCGGAGGGGGAAAAAACACUUUCAGGACCAGUUUGUGUCGUACAAGUUGAAAGCAUUCUCGCCGUCUUUGGCUAGACAUGCACGAAUGUGGUACAUAGGCAUUUUAUAAAAUCCUGAUUAUGACCAACAGGCCGUGUAAUGUAUGGGUAGUAGGUCAUGGGUAAUAUUGAAUUAUUUAUAUUGGACUCAUUAGUACACAAACCAACAUUGGAAUAUCUAAUGAAGGAAGAUGGCUGUCCAAAUGGUUGACUGGCAAGGACAUGUAGAUGGACAUCAACCAUCCACUAUUCAUUCAUUCAUUCAUUCACUUUCUACCGCUUAUACUCACAAGGGUCAUGGGGGGUGCUGGAGCCUAUCCCAGCUGUCUUCGGGCAAGAGGCGGGGUACACCGUGGACUGGUCGCCAGCCAAUCACAGGGCACAUAUAGACAAACAACCAUUCACACUCACAUUCAUACCUAUGGACAAUUUGGACUCACCAAUUAACCUAGCAUGUUUUUGGAACGUGGGAGGAAACCGGAGUACCCGGGAAAAAACCCACGCAUGCACGGGGAGAACAUGGAAACUCCACACAGAUGGCCGAGGGUGGAAUUGAACUCGGGUCUCCUAGCUGUGAGGCCUGUGCACUAACCACUCGUCUGACGUGCAGCCAUCCACUAUUGAUAUCAUUCAUUCAUUCAUUCAUUUUCUACCGCUUUUUCCUCACAAGGGUCGCAGGGGUGCUGGAGCCUAUCCCAGCUGUCUUCGGGCAAGAGGCGGGGUACACCCUGGACUGGUCGCCAGCCAAUCACAGGGCACAUAUAGACAAACAACCAUUCACACUCACAUUCAUACCUAUGGACAAUUUGGAGUCACCAAUUAACCUAGCAUGUUUUUGGAAUGUGGGAGGAAACCGGAGUACCCGGAGAAAACCCACGCAUACACGGGGAGAACAUGGAAACUCCACACAGAUGGCCGAGGGUGGAAUUGAACUCGGGUCUCCUAGCUGUGAGGCCUGCGUGCUAACCACUUGACGCCGUGCAGCCAUCCACUAUUGAUGUGAAAAGAAAUUAAACUAAAUGCUAAAUUCUCAUGAUUUGUGGCUUAAAUUGUGUUUAAUAGUCACACUCAAUGUACAGUCAGCAACACACAGAGUGCUUUGUUUGUGUGCUGGAUUUCACCAAACGAUACAGUACAGGGCAAAGGACUAGGUGGUUGUUGUGUUACUUGACUGUAUUUGUGAUGGCCAUUCAAGUGUAAAAAGAAGUUAACCAGUGUAUAUUAAAUAUAAAAACUAUAAACUGUCACGAUGAAGGUGUAAUUGCAGAUGUGCUUUAAAUAGUUUUGUCACAGAAGUGUAAAAAGAAGCUAAGCACUGUAAAAGGCACCAAUAAUACAACAAUUGGUAGCAUAUGUUGACAGUGGAGUUGUACUGCUUGUAAUACUAACCACCCCUUGUUGAAA